AUGGUGCACCCAUUCGCCCUCUGUGCGCUCUUGACCGUUUUCUUCCUGCUUAUGCGCGGAGGCCUCGAAAUCAUCAUAAUCUCUCGUGGUGGGGACGGUGUGGGAGGGGCGGAGGUGGGGGCGGGGGCGGGCGUACACGUGCGCGACGAAGGCUUGUUUAAGCUAGGGAUGGCGACUGUGGCGCUCGGGUUCGGGGUAUUGUGUAUAUGCACGGUAUUGAUAUUGAGGACGAUGUUGAGGCGUGCAGGGUGA